AUGGCUGAGCCUGCUGAGCUGCUGCUCAUCAAGGACCAGUACGAGUUGGCGUUUCAUUCUUUGAGCCGUGGACUGUCUGCUGAGGAGGCUGGUAAAAGAGCUGAGGCCCUGGAGUAUUACAGGAAGGGUCGACAGCACCUUAUGCAAGGACUGGAAGUGCCCACUGGGGGGCAGAGGCAUCAGGGAGCUGUCUGGGACACAGCCAGACAGCUUCAGCAGAGGAUGAGGGACACUCUGAGAACUGUCAGCACCCACCUCUCUGACCUAGAGACCUCUCAGCUGACAACUGGAUGCCAGAGGGGCCAACUGCUGAUGAAUCUCCCUCCUGACCUCUAUCCAGACCUGGCACCAAACAGUCAGCCUCCCCACAGUGCCCUCCACCAUCUCUACCCCACCAUACCUGCUGCCACCCAGAACACAACCUCAAAUACAGCUUUCCCUGCUGCUGCACACACACAAAUGCUCCCUGCAGUGGCCCCAGGAACUAUAGCCAUGGCUAACCCAGGGGACCAGCCUCCAGCCUACACACCACAGGCCACAGAUGGCCAUCGCAGCCUGUCUUAUAGUCGUGCUGGAGGCGGCCUUAGUUCAGCAGCAGCAACAGGAGGAGGAGAUGGCAACGAGCUCCUUUUCAUCCCCUCAGGGGUGCAGAUGUUUUUUGUGGCACCAAAUGGGCAGGUCAGCUCCCUGUCUUACCCAGGGUUCCUUCGCAUCAUUACUUUUGAUAGUCAGCGUAAGGACUCUGCUGCUGGAAGCUCCUCAGCCUUUCUACAUGUGUGUGACUGGCUUUACCCGCUGACAACAGACACUCCAGUGCUGUUGGCUAAUUCUGGGAUCUUUAUGUUCCCUGACACCUUGGCGGAGACACCAGGGUCCUUCGUGGGCAUUGUGUUGUCUUCUGAACUUCCUGCUGCUGACCGAGAGACGUUUAAGGAUCUUAUAUUGCAACUGGCUGACCUCAGGAUCCAGGGUUCAGAGGGGACAGGGUCAGAGGUUAUCAACCUGAGUGAGAAAGUUGCCCUUGGUCUCCCGAAGGAGGGAACAGGAGUGACAGUGCCAACAGAGGAGAAGGAAAAACUACCACUUCCAGGAUGGAGUGAGAAGAUGGCCCAAGGAAUCUUGUCAGGAGCUACACGGUUGAGUCAGGGGUUUACAAAAGGAGCAGAGGCCACUGGUAGAGCUAUCCAUAAAGGAGCAUCCAAGAUGCGGGACCACAUCUCGCCUGAGGAGACCCCCUCAGAGGUCAGCCCCCGUGUCACCAAAGGUCUGCAUGCGGCUAAACAGGCCAGCGGGGGUGCCGUGCGAGUCAGCCAGUUCUUGGUUAAUGGCGUGAGCCUGGUGGCAGGACAUGUGGCAGAGAAGCUGGGGCCUCAUGUGAAGAAACAUGGAGCUAAGCUGAUUCCAGAGUCUAUGAAGACAAGCAAAGAUGGCCAAGCUUCAAACCUGGAUGGAGCUAAGUUUGUGGCAGCCAGCAGUGUACAAGGUUUCUCUACUGUUUGGUCUAGCCUGGAGACUGGAGCAAUACUUGUUGGUAAAAGCGUCGCAGCAGAGACUGUCACAACUGUGAAGCACAAGUACGGUGAUGAUGCAGGCCAAGCCACAGGCACUGCUCUCCAGUCAGUGGUCAAUGUUGGUGUGACUGCAUACAACAUUGAUAAUCUGGGUAUCAAAGCCAUACUGAAGACUACAGGCAAGGAGACCGCCAAGGUCAUGGUCAAGAAUGGACAGCCAGCAGAAAAUGGAGGGGAGGAGACACAGAAACAAGGACAUGAUGCAGAGACUGAGAGGAAAAAAGAGGAGGAAGAGAAGAAAAAAUAG